UUAGCAAAUUGGAGUUCAAAAUCCAGGGGAAACUCAACAAAAACACAAUCGAAGGCUUGUCCACACUCACGGCGUAAGAAGGGUUCGCAGAAACCAACCAAUUUAACACGCCGCUGGGGAGAUAUCAGUCAUUUUCAUUACACCUAUGGGCAGUGGGAUUGUGGUGCAAUUGGCUCGAAAGUACGGCGCAGUGAUAUUCUUUCCCACUGUUGCAGUAGGAUCGAUUUACGCAGAUUGGUCGCACACCCGCGAGUGGAAACGCCAGCAGCUUCAGUUGGCACACAGCGCACACCUGAAGGAUCAGCGCUAG